CGCCGUAACAGAAUAAUGUUAAUCGUUCUUUACGCGUUGUGGCUACCCGAUCCGUCCCGGAAACACGAUUUGUUCCGCGCAUGCGCGAAACUGACGUCACUUCCUGUUAUCGCCGACAUUUUACGACAGUCUUCUCGACCUGGGACCAGCUCGGAAUCUGGCAGGGGUGCAUUUCUCGGCAUUACACCUGUUCCGGGCGUCUUCGAAUUUUAUCAUCAAAGACACAUUGCAAGCUUCAUUGACCCAGGAUCCUGGACUGAAAAAACAGGAAGAGACCUUGAGUUUUUUCCUCAACAGUCCAGUGGGGAUUCUUGUGGUGUCUACAUGCUGAUGUAUGCUCUCAGCAUCUGCACAUCAUGUCCCUUAACAUUCACAGAGGAGGAGGUGCCAUUGAUUCGCCAGUGGUGGUGCAUUAACCUCAUGGAAAGAUUUUGCCUAGAAGGGCAUGGACAGAGGUUUGCAUACUGGACCGAAGAAGCAUCCCAACUCCUUCAGGGGAUCGUUGAGCCUGUGUUUAGGGUGUCGAAAUUCACCACCACCAAACUGUCACCCAGCAGAAGAGUUGUGGAUGACAAGGACAUUGAUAAGGUGCAGCAGCCAACCAUUGUCCGAGACCUAAAUACAGCGUGGUACUGGGUACAGAAUCACAGACACUUAUUCCGUGGGGAGGUGACAGAGCCUGCCUUUUUGCAGAUGAACAGGGGUGAUCAACAAAAUGCCAUCAAGAACCUCUUGGGGGGUCAAUUCUCUGAGGCGAAGGAUGCCUUUUUGUUUAUAUUUCAUUACCAAGAAGACAUGGAAACAUUUUUGUCGUACUGUGUUGAUGACCAAGGCCUAAAGGUCAAUGCUAUGUUCUACAAAGAGAAAUGUAGUGUGUGAGUGUGUGUGCGCGUGUGUGAGUGAGUGAGUGAGUGUGAGAGAGAGUGUGCAUGUGCGUGCG